AUGGUCAACGAAGGUGAACAGAUAUACAGACCGGACUUUUUCCCCCUUGCACAACCUGCAGCAAGGGAUUUACAACGGCCAGCUUUCUCUCGACCACAUGAUGUACGAGGUGGUAAUGUAAAGCAUGUGAGAACUGUAGCAUGGUCGUGCGAUGGAAAAAAAGUAGCUACAGGAGGCGAGUUCAAAGAACUGCUGGUGUUGGAUGCAAAGCCAAAUAUAGAUCCAAAAUCGUCAAAGGCUUUGCCUUCAUCAUCCAAGCAUAGUGUACAUAAUGGUCAUGUAGGAGCUAUAGCCUGGUCUCCUGUGGAUCCUAAUAUACUGAUAUCAGGAGACAAAGGCUCGUCAGUGGGAGGUAUGAUUGCUAUCUGGAAUCUGACUUCUCCCUCAUCGCCCACUGUAACGUUCAAGAUACCAGGUGACGUCUUGAACAUUUCCUUCCAUCCUUCAGGUCGACAUUUUGCUGUUGUAUGUCCUCAGCGUAAUAAAGAUGAGGUUUUCUUCUACUGGCUUACCACGAUUGAUGGAGAGGAGAAAUGGUCAAGGAGGGAUGAUAUAGCUCUAGGUGGUGCUUUGAUGGACAUUGGAGCUGAAGAGAUCAACAGUCUUCGAUUUUCAAAUUCCGGUAAAUUGGUUUGCGCCGUAUCUAACGAUGGUUCAAUAAAUGCCUGGGUAUAUCCCUCACGAUUACAAGUGCCAGAUGGAGGGGAACUAGAAGGACUUUCUGGACCAGUCAUCGUCGAGAGUGGUUCAUCGACAACGCCGUCGAGUCCUAAGCCAGCUGCAGAGGAAGAUAACGUGGAAAUAGCGAAGAGCAGGGCAGCGAGUCGAGAAGCAUCGCCAGAAAAUACAAGAGACGGAAAAGAGAAUGAAGAGUUAGACGUGGAAAUGAACGAGGAGCCGAAAGGAGUUGAUGAUCUAAACUCCGACCAGAAGAAAGAAGCAAAUGAAGAUGUUAACAAUGAAGAUGGAAAGCCAACAGAAGGGGUAGAUGUCGAAAUGACAGAUUCUAAAUUACCGCUCCCAGCAGAUCCCAUUCCGCUACCACUUUCCUCUGCUGCACCAAGUCGACAGCCUUCUCCACCCUUGCCACCCUCCAAGCCCUCCGAGAAGAAAAAGGCGAAACAACUGCACAGAUUUAGACAUGCCGUAUGUCAUAGUGCAAGUCUACUCAGUUUGGCUUUCGAUCCUCAGGGGAAGUUCCUUGCCGCGGGAGGACAAGACGCGUUGUUGAGUAUGUUUGAUACAAGAGAUUGGAUUUGCGAAAGGACGUUUGACGUCUGCACGGCGGCGAUACGUCAAAUUGCUUUUUCCAAUGAUGGUGAAUUUAUCGCUUUGGGAGGUGACGAUAAUUUCAUCGCCAUAGUAUCUGUAUAUUCUGGAGCGACUAUUGCCAAAUUGCCCGUGUACGGAAUGGUCAGUGCCCUCACAUGGCAUCCAAAGAAGAAUUGGCUUGCAUACAGUUAUUCUGGUAAAGUAGCGGCACCUAUCUGGCAUAUCGUUCAUCAAGAAACAUAG